AUGAUGUUGAAAAGAUCAUCUUUGCGGGUAUUACUUGUGAUUGUCCUUGCCGUUGUAGUUUUGACAUGGCAAGAUGGCGUAGAAGCAAGAACUGGUCCUAGACCACAUCGAAAACUAAGUAACAUUUUAAGCAAAACCAGUCAUCAUUCAUGGAUGACCUCCAACAGCUUCGGAACCAAAGUCCUCAAUCGCUAUUUGAACUACUUUGAUGAUAUAUUGAAAGCUAAAUGCAUCACACAAAAAGGAACCAAAUUUCGCUUCAGUAAACGAUGGUAUGAUUUUUUUCGACGAUUUUGGCGUUUACGCAAGAGAAGACAAUUCAAAUUCUUCCCUCAUACAAAAUUCAGUACAAACGAGAAAUUUCGCAAUCGAACGUUCGAUAAUUUCUGUUACGGCUCUUUACUCGAUUUAAGUAACGCAGAAUUCAUUUAUUCCAAGAUCGAUGCUGGCAAUAAAAAACGCGGCCGAAAGAUUAAAUACUCCUUAUGGGAAGGUGAUAUUUUAAUACCUGAUACAACUAUGGAUGCAUUCUUAGAGAUCGUAAAGAAAAAUUCAAGUAAAUCCGGCACUCGAGCAGAUUUUGAUAUACAAACUGGAAUAAGUGGCUCUUUGUGGACUGAUAAUAUAGUCCCGUAUCAGUUUGCUUCUGGCUAUUCCCAAACUGAUCAGCAAAAUGUUAAAGCAGCAAUGCAACGUGUGGAAUCUCAAACUUGCGUCAAAUUCGUUCCUAGAACCACAGAAAUCAACCAUAUUGUGAUCAACGCACUGACAGGCUGUUCAUCACUUAUUGGAAUGCAUUCAGGAGCACAAACUUUAUCCCUUGAUAAUUAUUGCGCAUCUCAACCGGGCAUCAUCGAACACGAAUUGGCUCAUACUUUAGGAAUGCACCAUACGCAUUCCAGAGUCGAUCGCGACGAUUACGUCGCUGUUAAUUUCAGCAAUAUUAGUCCAAAAUUAUUACACAAUUUCAACAUUUAUCCUAAUGUCCAUUCGGAUCCACUUAGCAUCGAAUAUGAUUACUUUUCGGUCAUGCACUAUAGCGAGAGCGACCAUGCCAUAGAUGACGAUAUACCUGUAAUUGAUCCACAUGUUGAACAAGCAAGCAUCGGACAACGUGAUGGUAGCAGUUACUUAGAUUAUGUCACGAUUAAUCAAAUGUAUGAUUGCUACGACAAAACUCCUCAUUACUGGCCUAUGGAUGAAAUCGAUGAAACGAAUGGUUACAUCUUGGGUAGCGAUCUUAUCUAUCCUCCUCCUGCUAGUACUCGAAGUUCUGAAUAUUUGUUAGGCCUAGAUGUUGGUUAUAAACUUAGUGCAUUACGCGUUCGCGGUGCUGAUUCCUUUGCCGACAUCGGCUCUUAUCCAAAUAAAUGUGUGGUUGAUCCUGAAUUUUGCAGCAAUGGCUUAACUGUAGCUUUCUGGUAUAAGUUCGACACUGCAACAUUACCAACGCCAACCUACUUGAUAUCAACCAUGAACGAGAAUUUACUUAUUGAUGCGGAUCGCGGCUAUGAAAUAGUAGUCAAUCGUGCCUUUAAUGAUAAACUCCUCUUUAGAAUCUCUAUUGUCCAACAAACAACUUGCUAUAUUGGAUCAACUUUACCUUUCGGUGAUUACAUCAACGAUAACUGGGGUCAUUUUGCUUUCACUUGGGAUGCAACAAUAGGUGUUCAAAUGUACGUCGAUGGAGUUAGCCAAGGCUUUUCUGUCCCAUGUGGAAUUUUAGGUUCUUCAUUUAGUGUUGACGAGAAAAAUCCAUCAUUAAUCAUUGGAAAACCUGCUAGUUUACCUGAUAAUCAAUAUAAUACUGACUUUUAUAUGGAUGAUUUGGUAAUAUGGGAGAAAUCCUUGAGUAGCAAUGAAAUUAAUAGCAUAAGAAAUGGCGGUCCUUAUCACGAUAUGCCGAGUAAUGUCGGCAGCCUUGGCAGAAGAGAGAUUGUUAUAGGAACUGUGGCCGGUUACACGGAAUUGUAA